GAUGGAAGAACUUCUACGCCGAGAAGGCGUGCGACUACAAGGAGAGCCUAGUAGUGGAAUUCUCUGGUCCACGAACGAUGUAUAUGCUCAGGUGUUUGGUCCAGAGUGCUCUGGACGUGUACGUAGGGUGGGACUUGGAAUCACCCCAUCGGGAAGAAGUGCAACAAAUGCUUCACAGCUCACUUCGACUCCAUCGUUGCCAAGCAGAACAACCCAAAGAAUUUUGGAGUUGGAGAGCAACUCUGCUAGAUUGACUGAGCAACUAGCCCAAGUACAUGAACAACUUGCCCAAUCAGAAACAAGGCAGCGAGAAUCAAAAGCAAGGCAACAACAAAUGGCUGAAGUGAUUGCGCGCAUGGAUAGUAUGUUCGCCCAACUUGCUGGCAGUAGUGUACCUAAUUCGUCAAUGUCUCAGGGUGGCAGUGCUUGAUGGGGACUCUCCAUGGGAAUGAAACUGAAUCCUCUGGUAAUUGGCUGUACCAUGACGCUUUCU